AUGGUCUCGAGUUUUGCACUACUCGUGUGCAUUUUAUUUUUCUUCUCUACCCAUCCAGCUAUAAUAUGGGGAGAAGCACUUAGGCCGGCAGCAGCCUCACCAAUUAUCCACAAUAAGCCAUUCAUUGUGGUCUGGAACACACCUUCUGCCCACUGUAAAACUAAGUUUAACGUUGAGUUGGAUCUGAAUGCUUUUGAUAUUGUUGAAAAUGCAAAUGCGGACUUUGCGGGGCAAAACAUCACUAUAUUCUAUAAGUCAGAAUUGGGUCGUUACCCAUUCUAUACUAAGGAGUUGAUUCCAGUGAACGGCGGCCUUGUCCAGAUUGCUAAUCUGACUGAACACCUCAAGGUGGCUGCGGAAGACAUUAACAAUUUACUGGACGUGGACUUUCAUGGUCUUGCUGUGAUAGAUUGGGAAGAAUGGCGACCACUUUGGAUCCGUAACUGGGGGAAGAUGGAUAUCUACAGGAAAAAAUCUGAAGAACUGGUUAGAAGAAAAUUCCCUUCUUUACCUAAAAGUAAGGUUGUCCAGCUGGCCAAAGAGCAAUUUCAAAAUGCUGCAAAGAAUUUUAUGAGUGAAACACUAAAACUAGGACAGAAACUGAGACCCAAAGGUUUCUGGGGCUUCUAUGAAUUUCCAGAAUGCUACAAUUACUUUAAAAAGGAUGCACCAACCAAGUACACAGGUCACUGCAGUCCAGAAGAUAUUCCAAGAAAUAACCAGCUAUCGUGGCUCUGGAAAGCAUCGCGAAGCCUCUAUCCCAGCAUCUACAUCAGUGAGGAGUUGAAGUCCACAAUUAAUACUCAGAAGUUUGUUCACUACCAGAUUAAGGAGGCCCUCCGUGUUGCUGCCCUUAAUCGAGUCAGCGAAUCCCUGCCUGUCUUGCCCUAUGCCAGAUAUGUACAUACACAAACAUUUGACUUCCUUACUAAGACAGACUUGAUACACACCAUCGGGGAGAGUGCAGCCAUGGGGACUUCUGGAGUGGUUCUAUGGGGGAAAACGAAUAAUGUACGCACCAUGGAGCAUUGUGAGGCACUGAAAGAAUACAUUGACCAGGAGCUUGGAAGAUAUGUUCUAAACACCACUACAGCUGCCGCGUUGUGCAGCAAAACUUUGUGCAGUGGCCAUGGACGAUGUGUGCGGCAAGACCCUGAAUCCCAAACCUAUCUGCACCUCAAUCCCAGAAGCUUUGAGAUUUUCUCUGUUCUUACAUCCUCUGGCUCUGCAUUAACAGCCCGUGGAGCCCUGAAUUCUGAAGAUGUGCAAAACAUGAAAGAGCAGUUCACAUGCCACUGCUACAAGGGGUGGACAGGAUCCCAUUGCCAGAAUAGAUUCAUUUAG